UACCGGUUCCGGUUUGAUUUGGAAGGAAUGUAAAUUGACACAAACCGAUACAAUGAAAAGAGCAAGACGAUGAUGAUCAAUGAUUUGUAUGAACCCAGAAAAAGAGAGAAAUGAAGAGAUACGAAAAUCUAAAGGUAGGAGAAGCACUCUCCAAAAACAAUCUAUACCCAUUUGCUUGCAAUGAACUCAGCUCCGUUUUGAGUCUUGCUUACUCUCGAUUACCCAAAGAUGUCAAAGCUUUGAUCUUUCGAGAUACCCUCUCCGCUUUUCGUCUUCUUCCUCACUCAAUUCUUAGGGUUAAUAGAAUCGAAAAAAUCAAUAAAGUUGGGAACUUUUUUAAGCUAACCAUGAAACAGAGCGUAAACACAUCAGCUGCUGUUUCAGCUGCUAACCUUCUCCUGAAGAGCGUUGAAGCCGUGCUGCCCAAACAGAAGAAGAACUUAGCUAUUGUAGAAUUCAAACAGGCAAAAGUAGCACUGAAGAGACGCAGUAAGAGCCCUGAGGAAGAUAUAUAUAUACCUUCACUUCCACAAGAUAUCCUUAUUCACAUCUUCAGUUUCCUCGAUGUAUCGUCCUUACUGUCCUCAGCUCAAGUGUCUCGCUCAUGGAACCAAGCUACGCAUGAUGACUCUCUGUGGCAAUCACUAUUUGAAGUUCACUUCUAUCACAAACGCGUGAUUCGUAUUCAAUCCAGUAUUGAUUGGAGAGAAGCCUUUAAGAAAGCAUAUAUCGCGGCUAAUUCAUUGAAGGCGUUAAGAUCUGGCAGAGGAUACUGCAAUUACUGCAAUUCUAUUGUUUGGCACGACAACUUGAGAUGUCCGAACAAACAAUGUCUGUUGAAAUCAGGCAAUGAGACGGUCGACCUCAUAUCAACUCACCAAGUUGUCAACUAUUUACUGGGGGUAGCGAGUUCUUCUGAUGAAAGUGAAUCAGACGAUGAAGCCGUUCCUGGACUAUGGUCUUAUCCUACUCUACACUGAUUUCGUAGCUUCACCAAUAUGUCCUUUCAAUGUAAACUUUGUUACUCAUAUAUACACAUUCAUAUUCAAUAGUUGUGUACAGAGAAAAGUUCGUCUUCAUCUAA